AUGAAUUCCUCAUCUCGCCAUUACCUCAGCUACUAGCCCAGGAGCACAACUACAGCUCACCUGCAGGCCACCAUCCUCAUGUACUGUACAAAAGGACUGCCGAGGAGACGGUCCAGCGUUACCAUGGCUACCCGGGCUCCAGCCAGAAUCAUCCUGGUCAGACCCCAGCUCACGCUCCCCACACGUAUUGGAGUCAAGGAAGAGAGCAUCCCCAUCAAAGGUUGCAGAAGCAGCAUUUUUGUGGACGACGCAAGAAAUGUAUAUGCCCCCAAGCCUCCCACAGAGGACACCUAUCUCAGGUUUGAUGAAUACGGGAGCACAGGGCGGCCAAGAAGAUCAGCUGGGAAGUCACAGAAGGGCCUCAACGUGGAAACCCUCGUGGUGGCAGACAAGAAGAUGGUGGAGAAGCAUGGCAAAGCGAACGUCACCACGUACAUUCUCACGGUCAUGAACAUGGUCUCCAGCCUAUUUAAAGAUGGGACCAUUGGAAGUGAUAUAAACAUUGUUGUGGUGAGCCUCAUUCUUCUGGAGCAGGAACAGGGAGGGUUAUUGAUCAACCAUCACGCAGACCAGUCUUUGAACAGUUUUUGCCAGUGGCAGUCUGCCCUCGUCGGAAAGAAUGGCAAAAGGCACGACCACGCCAUCUUACUCACGGGAUUUGAUAUUUGCUCCUGGAAGAACGAACCCUGUGACACUUUAGGGUUUGCCCCCAUCAGUGGAAUGUGCAGUAAAUACCGAAGUUGUACCAUCAAUGAGGACACAGGGCUCGGCCUGGCCUUCACCAUCGCUCAUGAGUCAGGGCACAACUUCGGCAUGAUUCACGAUGGAGAAGGCAACCCCUGCAGGAAGGCGGAAGGCAACAUCAUGUCUCCCACACUGACCGGAAACAACGGGGUCUUUUCGUGGUCUUCGUGCAGCCGGCAGUAUCUCAAGAAAUUCCUCAGUACACCUCAGGCUGGGUGUCUGGUGGAUGAGCCCAAGCAAACAGGACAGUAUAAAUAUCCGGACAAACUACCAGGACAGAUUUAUGAUGCUGACACGCAGUGCAAGUGGCAAUUUGGAGCAAAAGCCAAGUUAUGCAGCCUUGGUUUUGUGAAGGACAUUUGCAAGUCACUUUGGUGCCAUCGAGUGGGCCACAGGUGUGAGACCAAGUUCAUGCCUGCAGCGGAAGGGACCGUUUGUGGCUUGAGUAUGUGGUGUCGGCAAGGCCAGUGUGUGAAGUUCGGGGAGCUGGGGCCCCGGCCCAUCCACGGCCAGUGGUCCGCCUGGUCCAAGUGGUCGGAGUGUUCCCGAACCUGUGGUGGAGGAGUCCGCUACCAGGAGAGACACUGCAACAACCCCAAGCCUCAGUAUGGUGGCAAGUUCUGUCCAGGCUCUAGCCGCAUUUACCAGCUGUGCAACAUUAACCCUUGCAAUGAAAAUAGCUUGGAUUUUCGAGCCCAGCAGUGUGCAGAAUAUAACAGCAAGCCUUUCCGUGGAUGGUUCUACCAGUGGAAACCCUAUACGAAAGUGGAAGAGGAAGAUCGAUGUAGACUGUACUGCAAGGCUGAGAACUUUGAGUUUUUUUUCGCAAUGUCCAGCAAGGUGAAAGACGGAACUCCUUGCUCCCCAAACAAAAAUGAUGUUUGUAUUGAUGGGAUUUGUGAACCAGUGGGAUGCGAUCAUGAACUUGGCUCUAAAGCAGUUUCUGAUGCAUGUGGUGUUUGCAAAGGUGAUAAUUCAACUUGCAAGUUUUAUAAGGGCCUGUACCUCAACCAGCAUAAAGCAAACGAGUAUUAUCCAGUGGUCGUCGUUCCGGCCGGGGCCCGCAGCAUCGAGGUCCAGGAGCUGCAGAUCUCCUCCAGUUACCUCGCGGCCCGAAGCCUCCAUCACAAGUACUACCUGACGGGGGGCUGGAGCAUCGACUGGCCCGGGGAGUUUGCCUUCGCGGGGACCGUGUUCGAGUACCAGCGCGCCUUCAACCGGCCCGAGCGCCUGUCCGCACCGGGACCCACCAACGAGACGCUGGUCUUUGAAAUUCUGAUGCAAGGCAAAAAUCCGGGGAUAGCUUGGAAGUAUGCCCUUCCCAAGGUCGCGAAUGGAAGCCAGCCAGCCUCGAAGAGACACGCCCACGCCUGGGGGACAGUGCAGUCCCAGUGCCCGGUCUCCUGCGGUGGGGGUUACAUAAGUGUAAAGGCCAUUUGCUUACGAGAUCAAAAUACUCAAGUCAAUUCCUCAUUCUGCAAUGUAAGAACCAAGCCAGCAACUGAACCCAAAGUAUGCAAUGCUUUCUCCUGCCCUGCCUACUGGCGGCCAGGCGAAUGGAGUGUGUGCAGCAGGCCGUGCGCGGGGGGCCAGCAGAGCCGGAAAAUCCAGUGUGUCCAGAAGAAGCCCUUCCAGAAGGAGGCGGCAGUGUUGCAUUCCCUCUGCCCAGUGAGCACACCCACCCAGGUUCAAGUCUGCAACAGCCACGCCUGCCCGCCAGAGUGGAGCCCCGGGCCCUGGUCUCAGUGUUCCAAGACCUGUGGGCGAGGGGUGCGGAAGCGGGCAGUCCUGUGUAAAAGCCCCUCCGUGGCAGAGGGCGUCCCCGAGAGCCUGUGCUCCGGCGUCCCGCGACCAGAGGCGCAGGAGGGCUGUGUCCUGGGGCGAUGCCCCAAAAACAACCGGCUGCAGUGGCUCGUCUCUUCGUGGAGCGAGUGCUCUGCGACCUGUGGUUUGGGGGUGAGGAAGAGGGACCUGAAGUGCAGCGAGAAGGCCUUCCAGGGGAAGCUGCUCACUUUCCCAGAGCGCAGAUGCCGCAACAUUAAGAAACCAAACCUGGACUUGGAAGAAACCUGCAACCGAGGGGCCUGUCCGGCCCGCCAGGUGUACAGUGUGGCAGCUGGAUGGUAUUCAUCGCCAUGGCAACAGUGCACAGUGACCUGUGGAGGAGGGGUCCAGACCCGAUCCGUCCACUGUGUCCAGCAGGGCCGGCCUUCCUCGAGUUGCCUGCUCCGACAGAAACCUCCAGUGAUACGAGCCUGUAAUACUAACUUCUGCCCGGCUCCUGCAAAGAGAGAGGAUCCAUCCUGUGUAGAUUUCUUCAGCUGGUGUCAUCUAGUCCCUCAACACGGCGUCUGCAACCACAAGUUCUACGGCAAACAGUGCUGUAAGUCAUGCACGAGGAAGAGCUGAUGCCCUCCCUGCACCUGGGGCCAGGGUCUCACCUGUCAGCGCAAGAGCUCACAGGUGGUUCGCGGUGUUGAGGGGCCAGCUCCGAAGAACAGAUGGGCUUCUUUUUCAGUUCCCCAAGGCACAAGGUACUCCGAAGCACUUGAAAAUGGGAAGCGAUGACAAAUCUGACUCACAAAAGAAAGACAAAUGAAAACAACGUUGAUUUGCACUGUGACAUGAAAGAAGGGAUGAAUCACACUGAGAGAUGUCAACUUUUAAUUAUGUCCAAGUGAGAAUCUGGUCAACUUGGGGACACACCCUCCUCCCCGUGAAUUGCAAAGGGUUCCAUGGCAAAGACAGCUGUUUCAAAAGGGUCCUUCGAGACUUCGGGUCAGAGACGGGGAGCUGGGGGAAUCAGACAUGGACGGAACGUAUUCUUGGAGCUCCCAGUUGGGCUGACACUGCGGAUCCCCCAAACCAGGAGUUACACAAGAAGCCAGAUGGUGCUAACGACAGUGCUUGCUGCUGGACUAGCAAGCUUCACGUUACGUUUAUUUAGUGUGUGUGUGUUGUUUUUAUUAUUUUGUUGAAAGUAUAUUCUGCUUCUAGAGAGUCUCCAAGACUAAAAUUCACAACUUGAAAAGUGUUCCAAGGAAUAUUCUCAAAACAGAGCAACACGGACUAUUUAAGAUCUCCAUUUAAUUGAACUUCACACUCUGGGGGAAAAAAAGCUCUUAAGAAAGAUAACUGUUGAUGCCCUACACAUUAUAGUAACCUCGUCACUGUUGGUGCUAGGCAGGGUCCUCGAGUCUGUUCUUUGGGAAUCAGAACUGGUGAAAUGCACAUUUCUGGUAAAAAUCUAGGAGGUGUUAAAUAGCAGCGUGUUGAAAGAGAGGAGACCAUUAUUCGUAAUGCUUCCUACUUAUUGUCAGAGCUGCUUGGAAAAUUAAAGGCCACUUGUGGUUCUUUCCUACCAACUGACAUGUUUAAAUUUGCCCUGAGAUGUCGUGAACAAGAGAAAAAGUCAGAGUGGCAAUAGAAAAAUCCAUCUGUCUUCCUGAUAUGUUAAUAUUAAUAAGUCAUAAUAUGCCAAACCAUUCAAUGAAUAAGAGGAUUUUACAAUCUUUCAGAUGAUAUUUUCAGUCUUCAAAAGCCAACUGUUGGUUGGCACUAAUGAGCUUAAAAUUGUUCUCAAUUGCAGAAACACCACGCUAUUUUGCCAAAACCAAAGUAACUUACAAGACUGGGUCCUUCUGUGAUUUUUUUGAGAUGUGGCUAUAAAAGAUGUAUUUAUAUAAUUCUACUCUAGUCCUCAGUUGUUGUUUUUUUUAAUGAAUGUAACCCAGUUUUUACUGCUUUAAAAAGUCUCAAUUCAAACAGGGCUUGGGCAGCCCAACCAACUAGAUAGUGGUUUAUUUGUUAGAACAGCCUUCAUUCCCAUUCAAAUCCUCCAUUCUCGAGUCUCAAAGAACCAAUUGGAAUAUUCCCUUAACUCUCUGCGUCUAGA